AGACACCGCCACCGCCGCCGCCCAGUUCACGUCCCCGCUGGAAACUAGUGAAAGCAAAGCCUGCCGCUGCGUGUGGUUUAUUCCUGCUACCUUGUCACUCACAGCCCAGCUGCCACCCCCUCCCCGACCUGUUUCCUUGGUACGCUCCGUCUUGGAAGCAUCAUGGCGAUUGAUGGUGGAGAGCGAACCUGUGGAGUCCACGAACUUAUCUGCAUUAGAAAAGUAUCUCCAGAGGCUAUCGGAUUCCUUUCAGCAAUUGGGGUAUCUGUUGUUCUCGUUUUGUUCCUCUUUUACUACAUCAACAGGAAAAUGUGGCCGGGAAGAGAUGGAGGGUUCCAUUGUGCAAAACCUCAUCGAGACCCAGAUCUUCAUGGUUCGUCAUCUGAAAGUGAAGAUGAAGCCGUGGGUAAAUACCACGAAGCAAUGACACGGCUACACGGCACCCGGCCUGGACCUGAUAAACAACCCAAUUAUAUGUGGGAAACCAGGCAGAAGUACAGCCCGCUGUCUGCAGAGUAUGAUGGUUAUAGCAGCGAAGUAUCUGCAGAUGAAGUGCUGCCUAAAGGAUUGCGGGCUCCCAAGGUGGGUUCUGUCUCAUGUGCCCCUCCUGCAAAACUCGCUUGCUAA